AUGGCUCAACCAGAAGGGUUUGUUGAAUAUGGGAAAGAGAACCUAGUAUGUCGGCUAAGGAAGUCCCUGUAUGGCCUGAAACAUCCAAGACAGUGGUACGAGAGGUUCGAUUACUUCAUGCUGAAAGCCAAUUUUAGAAGAUGUUUAUAUGACUGUUGCGUGUACUAUCAUGUGUUCCAAGAUGGGAUGAUCAUAUUGUUAUUUCUAUUGCUAUAUGUGGAUGACAUGCUAAUCGUUGUCAAGACAAGUCUAGAAUUCAAGACUUGA